CCAAGAUUGGGAUGACCGUGGCCGACGGGGCAACCAAUCUACGCGUCGCGUCGUCUGCGCCCGAGUUGGGAGCUUAUGCGAUCCUAGCCGACACCUCCGAAUCGCCUCGACGUCGCCAAACUUCGCAUUUUGUGCAUUCAGCUCGCCAUAGUUGUAUAGUUCUUGCCCAGCUUCCGAUGACAUGCUGUUGCUGGCUGUGUUCCCCUUACCUCUCCGUCCCACAUAAUGACAGCCGAGACAGCAGCCCCCACCAUUAAGGCCAUUGAGGCGAGCACAGUCCACCAAAUCCAGUCCGGCCAGGUCAUUGUUGACCUCUGCUCUGUUGCAAAAGAGCUAGUCGAGAACAGCAUCGAUGCCGGCGCUACAGCCGUCGAGGUCCGGUUCAAAAACCAGGGCCUCGACUCGAUCGAAGUCCAGGACAAUGGCUACGGCAUAGCCCCGCACAACUACGAGGGCCUGGCGCUCAAGCACUACACGUCGAAGCUGUCGUCAUACACGGACCUGGACUCACUGCAGACCUUUGGCUUCCGCGGUGAGGCCCUCUCGUCUCUGUGCGCCCUGUCCCACUUCACCGUCACGACCUGCCUGCAGUCCGAUGUGCCCAAGGCCGUCAAGCUCGAGUUCGAAACUUCAGGGAAGCUCAAAGGCACCAGCGUUGUUGCCGGACAAAAGGGCACCAUCGUCACGAUCGAGACGCUCUUUUACAACCUCCCCGUCCGCCGCCGCGAGCUGGAGCGCAACAUCAAGCGUGAGUGGGGCAAAGUUGUCAACCUCCUGAACCAGUAUGCCUGCAUCCAGACCGGCAUCAAGUUCACCGUCUCCCAACAGCCCACCAAGGGCAAGCGCACCGUUCUCUUCUCGACCAAGGGUAACCCCACCACGAGGGAAAACAUCGUCAACGUCUUCGGCGCCAAGACUCUGUCGGCCCUGAUAACUAUGGACCUUGAGCUCGAGCUAGAGCCCACUACCAGCCGCGGGGUCGCUGCACUUGCUGGAGAUGGCUCCAAGGAGACGGAAACGACGGUGGUCCACGUCCGCGGCCAUGUUUCUCGGCCCGCCAGGGGAGAGGGGAGGCAGACACCGGAUCGCCAGAUGUUUUACGUCAACGGGAGGCCCUGCGCGCUGCCCCAGUUUGCAAAAGUGUUCAACGAGGUCUAUAAGGCAUACAACUCGACGCAAUCACCCUUUAUAUUUGCCGAUAUCCAGCUCGAUACCCACCUAUACGACGUAAACGUCAGCCCAGACAAGCGGACCAUCCUCCUCCACGAUCAGGGCCGUAUGCUGGACAAUAUGAGGGAGUCCCUCAUCGAGCUCUUUGAGAAACAGGACGUCACAAUCCCUGUUUCGCAGCUACAGUCCCAGAAGCUGACAACGCCCUUCAAGACGCCCGUGGUCAGCCGCCGAAGCAACGCCCCCAUGACCGCCGAUAUGCCACAGUUUGCAAAGGCGGCCAACACGGAGGGCUUGGGCGCCCCAUCGCGACCCCAGGCGCAUGCGCCUGCCUCGAAGCCUGGAUACACGGAUGCCGUCGACAGCGACGAGGAAGCACCAGAGUUAAACCAAAGACCUGAUGCAGCAGCAAAGGGUACUAGCUUAAUCGGACGGUGGGCUGAGAGGGGAUCCGCCUCCCGCCCCGAACCGCCAGCCCCUCCGCGCCCCCAAUCGCCAGAUUCUCAAUCCGAGCCGCCAAAGGAGAACAACGCAGACGACUUUUCUCGACGGAUCGAGCUGAUGACCUCGCGUCUGAGAGGAGAUUACAACUAUAUCGACGAGCCGAAUCAUUCGUCCACCCCAACAACUCAGCGGAACCAAGAAAACCCGAAGACAAUCGAAGAUGGCUCCGACAAAACCCACGAGGACCAGGGGGAAUCCGCAGAUGUUAACACGGACGUCUCUGAAGAGAGGCCUAUUCCUUCCAUCGAACCACCCAGGAGUCAGGUUCAGAGAGCUGGUCCCCCUGCGUCAUUACCCCGCUCAUUUAAACGACCGUCCCCCGAGGUUGCUACCAUCACCGUAGGGGAUUAUGCCGUGACCAGAAUGAUUGGGUCGCCCUCAAAGCGUCAGAAGACGGGCCUGAAGCCGCCGUCAAGUAAUUCAAAGUCACUGACCAGCACAAGACCCAAGGCUCCUGUGCCCUCCUUUAAUGGACGCAUCACGCAAAUGUUUGCGGCUGCUUCAGCAAGAGCGGCGGGGUCUUCGGGGGGUUCCCUGGCUGCCGGGUUGAGGAUCGCUACCGAAGAAAUCGACGACGACUCUGCUUCCGAGUCCACGGAUGGCGUUGAAGAUGAAGAGCACGCGGUGGAGGAAGAGAAGGAGGGGGAGGAGGAGAGGGGAGAGACGCCCCGGAAAGAAGACAGCGAGCCCGCCGACGAACUCGAAAGUCCUGGUCCUGACCUAGACAAGGAUCAAUCAAAAGAGCAGGACACCAACACACAUGGCGCAGAUGAAGACGAAGGGGAUGAAAGUUCUGGCCUCUUUGUUGAUUCUGAUGGCGACGGGGACGACGAAUAUGUGAACGAGGAUGAGAAGAAAAAGAGAGAAGAGGAAAAGAUAAUAGAGAUGAUCAAAGAGGUGGAGAAGGCUGCCGAGGAGCCGAGCGAAGAGAUGCAGAAGAGGUCGAACGCAUUUCUGAAGGGUGGUUCCCGGCGGAAAGACUCGACACUUGAACUGGUCCAGCAACUGAAACUGAACGAGCAGUCGAUCCUGCGGCAGAUGAAGUCGUGGCGGGACUCACUCGAGGCAGCGGUCAUGGACCUGAGAGCGCAGAAGGGCGACAAGGACGAUGGUGGCGGGGGCAUCGAGAGCAUAGAGGCCGAGUCCGCCGAGGCGAAGCUGUCCUUGACGAUCACCAAGGACGACUUUGCCAAAAUGCGCAUCGUCGGCCAGUUUAACCUCGGCUUCAUAUUGGCGGUUCGAGAGGCGGCAGAAAAGGAGACCGCGGCCGUAUCAGCAGAGGGCAGAGUGGGCGAUGACGAGCUCUUCAUCAUUGACCAGCACGCCUCCGAUGAGAAGUACAACUUUGAGCGCCUACAAGCCAACACGGUGGUGCAGUCGCAGCGCCUCGUGCGGCCUAAGCAGCUGGAGCUGGCGGCUCUCGAGGAGGAGAUCAUCAUAGAAAACCAGGCGGCGCUCGAGGCCAACGGCUUCGUCGUCGAGGCGGACCAGUCGGGCCGGUCGCCGGUCGGGUCGCGGUGCCGGCUGCUUAGUCUGCCGCUGAGCCGCGAGACGACCUUUUCGCUCGCCGACCUCGAGGAGCUCGUCAGCUUGCUGGCUGACAACCCGUCGUCGGGCGCCACGACGGUGCCCCGGCCGUCGCGCGUCCGCAGCAUGUUUGCCAUGCGUGCGUGCCGCAGCAGCGUCAUGGUCGGCCGCGCCCUCUCCCGCGCGCAGAUGGAGAAGGUGGUCCGUCACAUGGGCGAGAUGGAGAAGCCGUGGAACUGCCCGCACGGCCGGCCGACCAUGCGCCACCUCUGCGGCCUGGCCUCCGCCUGGGAUAAGAGGGCUUGGUCCGAGGGGGACGACUUUGGCGGCGGGCCCAUCCCGGUGGACUGGUCCGUGUAUGAUGGGGUGUAGUGCUGGCUGUUGGCUGACGGUGCGAUAUCAAGAUGGAGUUGAUGUGAAUAUUUCAAGACAUAAGACGGAGAAGUCGAAUAUGGAUACCCACGUAGAAUCGUUGAAACAGACGUUGGAACUCUUUCGAGCUGCUCACAUGCAUGAUAAUUCUACGCACGUUUCUGGGCAUAGGCAACGAAAAAGAAUGAGAUGAGAAAAUAACAUCCGU